CCUUCAGUCGGACGCCCGUUGCCCUGGCAACCGUCGCGCCGCGUCUUCCUGGGCAAGCUCCCUUUGGCCCGCAGAUCCUACCGCCCGCUCCCCGCUGCCCCGCGAUUUUCGGGUGGGCUCAGAGGCGGAGGGACAGCAAAAAAUGGCGGAGCGGAGCCAGACGGCGCUUGAGGCAGGCAAUGAUUUGGGAAAGGACGAUGCCAUCGGAGGGAAUGUGAACAAAUAUAUGGUGCUUCCAACUGGAUACUGUGGACAGCCCAAGAAAGGACAUCUUGUCUUUGAUGCUUGCUUUGAGAGUGGUAACCUUGGACGGGUGGACCAGGUCUCUGAGUUUGAGUAUGAUUUGUUCAUUAGGCCGGAUACCUGUAAUCCACGCUUCCGAGUCUGGUUCAACUUUACUGUUGAAAAUGUGAAAGAAUCACAGAGAGUUAUUUUCAACAUUGUUAACUUCAGCAAAACCAAGAGUCUUUAUAGAGAUGGGAUGGCCCCUAUGGUGAAAUCUACGAGCAGACCAAAAUGGCAAAGGCUGCCACCUAAAAAUGUUUAUUACUACCGUUGCCCGGACCAUAGGAAGAAUUAUGUGAUGUCCUUUGCAUUUUGUUUUGACCGAGAAGAAGAUGUUUACCAAUUUGCCUACUGCUACCCAUAUACAUACACCCGCUUUCAGCAUUACCUUGACAGCCUGCAGAAGAGAAACAUGGAUUAUUUCUUUCGGGAGCAGCUGGGCCAGAGCGUGCAACAGCGGCAGCUUGAUCUCCUAACAAUAACCAACCCCGACAAUCUUCGGGAAGGGGCAGAGCAGAAGGUGGUAUUCAUCACGGGUCGAGUCCACCCAGGGGAAACACCCUCUUCCUUUGUGUGCCAAGGGAUCAUUGACUUCCUCAUAAGCCAGCACCCAAUUGCUCGUGUCCUGCGGGAACACCUGGUCUUCAAGAUUGCACCAAUGCUCAACCCUGAUGGAGUCUACCUGGGCAAUUAUAGGUGCUCUCUGAUGGGGUUUGACCUGAACCGUCACUGGCUGGAUCCCUCUCCAUGGGCCCACCCUACCCUGUAUGGGGUAAAACAGCUCAUCAUCCAGAUGUACAACGACCCAAAGACAAGCCUGGAGUUCUAUAUCGACAUCCAUGCUCACUCUACCAUGAUGAAUGGCUUCAUGUACGGCAAUGUCUUUGAGGAUGAGGAGCGCUUCCAGAGGCAGGCCAUCUUCCCCAAGCUGCUCUGCCAGAACGCUGAGGACUUCUCCUAUUCCAGCACAUCCUUCAACCGAGACGCCGUGAAGGCAGGCACUGGCCGCCGCUUCCUCGGUGGCCUCCUGGACCACACUUCCUCCUGCUACACCCUGGAGGUCUCCUUCUACAGCUACAUCAGCGGGGGCACCACUGCUGCGGUGCCCUACACCGAGGAAGCCUAUAUGAAGCUGGGACGGAACGUGGCCAGAACGUUUUUGGAUUAUUAUCGGCUGGACCCCAUGGUUGAGAAAAUGGCGAUUCCCAUGCCAAGGCUGCGGAAAGAAAGACCCCCUCCCUACAAGUACCCACUCCGGCGGGGCCCGGCCAGCAGCUAUCCCAUCAGCAAAGGGGACACGAAGAGCUCAGUGAACCACAAAGACCCUUCAAACUCUUUUUAAGGACAUGAAGUCCUGGGAGGUCUUGUGGAGCAUGCAUUUUCUGCUGGGGCAUAACAUUAAUCACCUUCUAGUUUCCAAGAGAAGGGCUGCGGGAUAAGGAAUAAGCUAGUGAAGAGGAAGGGAGAAAAAUGAGAAAUUUCAUCAUUGAUUUUCCCUUUUACCAAUGGAAAAUCAAUUGUAAGGCUUCAGCUUACAGCUCAGGAACAAAAUAGGAGAUGCAAACCAGGCGAGUACAGAUGCCCUUUCCCACCACAUAGAGAUGCUCACGGGAAGAGGAAAACCUGCACAUCCCUUUGAGAGGUUGGUCAGAAGUCUGUGCUCUCCAGCCCUUUUCCUGUUGAAGUUGUACAGUUACUACAGAUGGUUACCUUUUAUUUAUUUUUAUUUUUAAUAUAUUUUAUUGAUUUUUUACAGAGA